UAACAAAUGAAGAUGGCGGCCGUUGUAGAAAGAGUAGAGGGAGGUUUUGGAGUCCUGGAUUGUGACUCGGUGUCACCGAGAUUGUCUACACCACCACCGGAUCAACCACACCAGAACAACCCGCUCUUAGGACUUCCCAUUGUGGCGAUUGAAACUAUUCUCAAUUUCCUGUCUUACGACGAAAUCAGCCUGCUACGCUUGGUGAGAGAACAAAAACAAACCACGAAGACAAUACCAAUGCAGCGUCUGGCUAAUCUAGCUCCUGCUAGCUAUUUAACGAAAGCUAGUAGUAGCGUAGCUAGUUAGCUAAAUCAUAACAUGCCUUGAUUCACUGCUUAUAUGUUAGAAACGUGGAUGUCUUUCCCACUACUACUACUACUAAUAAUAAUAAUAGCUAAAGGUACCGAAAUAUAGCUAACAAGGGCUAGCUAGCUAGCUUAGUUUAAUAAAUCGGUUUUUAUUUCAACAACACCGAGCUGUUCCAUUCCCAGUUGCUUUAGCCAGAUGGGGCCCUGGCCUGGCUGGAACUCAUGGCGAACUUGUCAAAUUCAAACUAACACAUAGGUAUAUUGUUUGUAUAAAACGGUACUGAUUUUAUUUUCUAGCUAAAUGCGUUACCUAGCUACUUAGUAUGUUUCAAGAUUUAGCAAAAACUGUUCGAGUGUAAUUCUUAAUGUCCACACUAAGUAUUUGAAGUUGGGUUUUAUUUCUGCGUUCCACCAAGUACAGUAUGACUUUCCUUUAAUUUACUUGUAUCCUCUGGAAGACAGUGGUGUAAUAGGCCAAUUGACAUCUAGAGGGAGGUGUUGGAACGAUCUGUGUGGAUGGGGGAGGAGUAGGCUAUUUCAGCUCUGCCUCAGUCCAUUUCGAUCUGGCCAUUGUAGAGUCCCAGUCGACAUUAAAGUGGAACUGACAGAAUUUUAGCAACAUUAAAUCUUAUUAAAAUCUGUUCAUAUACACCCCCAGGAAUAAUACGACACUUUUAAAAACAUUUUCUGACAAGCGAUCACUUAGAUAUGGUAAUUUUAAUACAUUCUUAGAAUGUUUGGGAAUUACGUAUAUGCAAAGGCAUUUGUGAGAAUUCUAUAGUAAUAUAGUGUGAAAGCGGCCUUGUGUUUGGACAAUUAAUAGACACUGCAGUAAAUAAAGCCUAAUAAAAACAUCUGUCUCGUCCAGGACUGGCGUCUACGCAGACCGGUGCACCAUAGCCAAUCAGAGCUACAGUAGGCCUUUAUGCAAACAAGACAUUGCCACACAGGCCUGCCAUUAUUCACUUUGAACUGGACUGUGUGUUUACAGGCAGUUGUAACAGCUGACUUUAGCUCAAUAGAACGCAUUCACCAAAAGCCACAAAAUACACCUGAAUGUAUUUCUGCAAAUAUGUCAAUACCAUGGGAUUUCUCCUUUACAUUUGGGAACUUUAGUCCUAUUGAUCAAACAACCAUGAGAAGUUAGGCUCUCUCUCCCUCAGUUAUGCACAAGAUCAACAACUAAUGCUAGCCAGAGCAAGAUGAGCUAAAAUAUAACAAAAUAACAUUAGAUAAACCCUCUCAAACAUUUUCAGCUAUUUGGCUGUCAAAAUUGCACUGAGAAAUGAUGGGGAAUUGUAGCCUACUUGUCCUUCUGCAGCUUGCCUGCCUGGCUGAAGUUGGCUAGCUAGCUACUUCCAGACACAAAUAAGAGAACACCUCACUCUGACCAUUUUACUCACCCUAGCAGAGCUGGUUAGCUAGGCUGUUUACAUGUUAUCUAGAGUGUUCGUGAUUGUUUUGCCUACGUUUACUGACACUGGUCAUAUUCAGCGUGUGUUGCGUAAAUUAAUCAGCUAUUCUGCACUCUGGCACACAGACGAGUGCUCUGAAAUUGGAGUAGUGAAUUUGGAGGCAGCAAACAAUGUACCAGGCUUGCUGUGAUUUAUAACCUGAUAGCAAUAUUUUAGGACUACCAAGAAAUGUAUUAGAAUUACAUUAAUCAUGCAAUGCCUUAGUGUACAUCAUGGAAUGUUGAGUCAAAUAGAACCUAUUUAUAAAACCUGUUAUAAAGUUGGUUUUGUAGCAUAAACUGGGAAUUUUAUAUUUGUCCGUUUUCAUAUCUGCAAAGUAGUUAAAAUGCUGUCAGUUCCACUUUAAGGCGUCCACAUGCUUCCCCCGAAACAGUUCAAAAGAGUUUGUGCAUAUAUUAUGACAACGUUUUGGACUUCGGUAAGGGUUUUUUCGGCUGUUCGGGCACGUUACUACUUUUUUCAUGAUGGUGCUAGACAGCCAUAUGAGUGCUAGCUACAGAACAUAAAGCUAGCCCAACCUGGACCCUGGGGUAGACGUAACAUAGUAAAUGGAAAUCUGGGACACUCCAAUUAGGAUAUGUUUAGUAUGCUAUGUCUUAAUUUGUGGAUGUCCAUCAUCCAUUUCGUACAAAAUGUUACAUUUUAAUUUGUUGUGGCGAGUGCAAGCUAGGUGGCUAACGCUAGCUGGGUUAGGAGUUAAGUUAAAGGGUUAGGGGAAGGGUUAGCUAACAUGCAAAGUAGCUAAAAAGUAGUAAGUAGUUGCUAAAGUUGUCUGUGGUGAGAUUCGAACACGCAACCUUUGGGUUGCUAGAUGUUCGUGUUAUAUGCUCACCCAUCCAACUUGACCAACCACCCUACUUUCGUUUUUGCCUUAAGUAACCUGUCAUAUGUAACAUUAUACUAAUUUGAGUGUCCCAGAUUUACAUUUACUAUGUUACGUCUAGUCUGAGACCAGGCUGGCUAGCCAAAACCAACAACACAAAUAAAUUGACUAUUCAGCUACAAGUAGUGAGUGGGGUUAAACGGACUAUACUAAACAAGUAAAAUGUCUUGCCUUUGAUUUUUGUUGUUUGUUUUUAAUGAUUUCUUCACACGGCUACGCCUACGUGUAGCCUACUUAGACAACCGGAUCCCACAUUUCCCACUCUCCCAUGCUGAAUAGCCUGAAGCCACAUGGCUCUUCUCACAGGCUCUAUUUCCCUACAUGGAGCAUUGCGGCAUUUUUGAUCUGGUUACAUGUACAUUGAACAACACAGCAGCUUUUCGGCAUGUUUUAUUUCUGUAUACAAAUCCAUAACGAAGUUGACCCUUCAAUGGGAAAGAAUGUUUGUUUUCCCCAAUUUGUGGGUGUGUCAAGGGGAAUUAUUUGUUAUGACGAAUAUCACUCUUGCGUAUACUAAAGACAGUACAGUAUGAUGGGCAGAAACUGCUCUCCAAUGGAAAUCCCAGAUCACACUUGUAGUCGCUGUCAUGGCGACUGGUAGCUAGCUCGUGUAGAAACACGUCAUCGGUCUAACUCGUCUCGCGCGAACUCCGGUGCAGCCGUGCGCUCCUUCCAAAGUUGUUUAAAUGUGUAGUUUGCACUUUCACGAGGGUAAGUAAUAACAUUCAAUUUCGGAGAGGGGUGGAGAGGAGGAUCUGAUGGUUCACAGUAUCAAAGCAGCAGACAGGUCUAGAGGACAAGAGCAGAGGAGAGAGGAGUUAGCUUUAGCAGUGCGGAGAGUCUCUGUGACACAGAGAAGAGCAGUCUCAGUUGAAUGACCAGUCCUGAAACCUGAUUGGUUUGGAUCAAGAAGGUCAUUCUGAGAGAGAUAGCAAGAGAGUUGGCUAAAGACGGCACGCUCAAUAGUUUUGGAAAGAAAAGAAAGAAGGGAUACUGGUCUGUAGUUGUUGACAUCAGUGGGGUCGAGUGUUGGUUUUUUGAGAAGGGGAGUAACUCUCGCUCUCUUGAAGACGGAAGGGACAUGGCCAGCGGUCAAGGAUGAGUUGAUCAGCGAGGUGAGGUAGGGGAGAAGGUCACCGGAGAUGGUCUGGAGAAGGGAGGAGGGGAUGGGGGUCAAGCGGGCAGGUUGUUGGGCGGCCUGCAGUCACAAGUCGCAGGAUCUUAUCUGGAGAGAGAGGGGAGAAAGAAGUCAAAGCAUAGGGUAGGGCAGUGUGAGCAGGACCAGCAGUGUCAUUAGACUUAACAAACAAGGAUCGGAUGUCGUCAACCUUCUUUUCAAAGUGGUUGACGAAGUCAUCCACAGAGAGAGAGGAGGGGGGGGGGGGGGGGAGGGAGGAUUCAGGAGGGAGGAAAAUGUGGCAAAGAGCUUCCUAGGGUUAGAGGCAGAUGCUUGGAAUUUAGAGUGGUAGAAGGUGGCCUUAGCAGCAGAAACAGAUGAAGAAAAUGUAGAGAGGAGGGAGUGAAAAGAUGCCAGGUCGGCAGGGAAUUUAGUUUUCUUCCAUUUCCGCUCCGCUGCCCGGAGCUUUGAACUGGACUGUGUGUUUACAGGCAGUUGUAACAGCUGACUUUAGCUCAAUAGAACGCAUUCACCAAAAGCCACAAAAUACACCUGAAUGUAUUUCUGCAAAUAUGUCAAUACCAUGGGAUUUCUCCUUUACAUUUGGGAACUUUAGUCCUAUUGAUCAAACAACCAUGAGAAGUUAGGCUCUCUCUCCCUCAGUUAUGCACAAGAUCAACAACUAAUGCUAGCCAGAGCAAGAUGAGCUAAAAUAUAACAAAAUAACAUUAGAUAAACCCUCUCAAACAUUUUCAGCUAUUUGGCUGUCAAAAUUGCACUGAGAAAUGAUGGGGAAUUGUAGCCUACUUGUCCUUCUGCAGCUUGCCUGCCUGGCUGAAGUUGGCUAGCUAGCUACUUCCAGACACAAAUAAGAGAACACCUCACUCUGACCAUUUUACUCACCCUAGCAGAGCUGGUUAGCUAGGCUGUUUACAUGUUAUCUAGAGUGUUCGUGAUUGUUUUGCCUACGUUUACUGACACUGGUCAUAUUCAGCGUGUGUUGCGUAAAUUAAUCAGCUAUUCUGCACUCUGGCACACAGACGAGUGCUCUGAAAUUGGAGUAGUGAAUUUGGAGGCAGCAAACAAUGUACCAGGCUUGCUGUGAUUUAUAACCUGAUAGCAAUAUUUUUAGGACUACCAAGAAAUGUAUUGGAAUUACAUUAAUCAUGCAAUGCCUUAGUGUACAUCAUGGAAUGUUGAGUCAAAUAGAACCUAUUUAUAAAACCUGUUAUAAAGUUGGUUUUGUAGCAUAAACUGGGAAUUUUAUAUUUGUCCGUUUUCAUAUCUGCAAAGUAGUUAAAAUGCUGUCAGUUCCACUUUAAGGCGUCCACAUGCUUCCCCCGAAACAGUUCAAAAGAGUUUGUGCAUAUAUUAUGACAACGUUUUGGACUUCGGUAAGGGUUUUUUCGGCUGUUCAGGCACGUUACUACUUAUUUUUUUCAUGAUGGUGCUAGACAGCCAUAUGAGUGCUAGCUACAGAACAUAAAGCUAGCCCAACCUGGACCCUGGGGUAGACGUAACAUAGUAAAUGGAAAUCUGGGACACUCCAAUUAGGAUAUGUUUAGUAUGCUAUGUCUUAAUUUGUGGAUGUCCAUCAUCCAUUUCGUACAAAAUGUUACAUUUUAAUUUGUUGUGGCGAGUGCAAGCUAGGUGGCUAACGCUAGCUGGGUUAGGAGUUAAGUUAAAGGGUUAGGGGAAGGGUUAGCUAACAUGCAAAGUAGCUAAAAAGUAGUAAGUAGUUGCUAAAGUUGUCUGGUGAGAUUCGAACACGCAACCUUUGGGUUGCUAGAUGUUCGCGUUAUAUGCUCACCCAUCCAACUUGACCAACCACCCUACUUUCGUUUUUGCCUUAAGUAACCUGUCAUAUGUAACAUUAUACUAAUUUGAGUGUCCCAGAUUUACAUUUACUAUGUUACGUCUAGUCUGAGACCAGGCUGGCUAGCCAAAACUAACAACACAAAUAAAUUGACUAUUCAGCUACAAGUAGUGAGUGGGGUUAAACGGACUAUACUAAACAAGUAAAAUGUCUUACCUUUGAUUUUUGUUGUUUGUUUUUAAUGAUUUCCUCACACGGCUACGCCUACGUGUAGCCUACUUAGACACCGGAUCCCCACAUUUCCCACUCUCCCAUGCUGAAUAGCCUGAAGCCACAUGGCUCUUCUCACAGGCUCUAUUUCCCUACAUGGGAGCAUUGCGGCAUUUUUGAUCUGGUUACAUGUACAUUGAACAACACAGCAGCUUUUCGGCAUGUUUUAUUUCUGUAUAACAAAUCCAUAACGAAGUUGACCCUUCAAUGGGAAAGAAUGUUUGUUUUCCCCAAUUUGUGGGUGUGGUCAAGGGGAAUUAUUUGUUAUGACGAAUAUCAACUCUUGCGUAUACUAAAGACAGUACAGUAUGAUGGGCAGAAACUGCUUCUCCAAUGGAAAUCCCAGAUCACACUUGUAGUCGCUGUCAUGGUGACUGGCUAGCUAGGCUCGUGUAGAAACACGUCAUCGGGUCUAACGGUCGUCUCGCGCCGAACUACGUGUGUGCAGGCCGUGCGCUCCUUCGGCAAAGUUGUUUUUAACAAGUGUCAGUUUGUCACUUUCACGAGGGUAGAGUAAUAACAUGUUCAACUACUUACGCUGGCUCGCAUCUAGUUUGUGCCUUUUUAGAUUUAGAGAAAUAACUACUAAGGAAGAAUUUCACUUCUCUCAUUGGGCUUGUUCAACAGUGCAGGCGACUGCCGACUGACUGAUCUACAAAUCACCUUGCAUCAUAAAUAACGACUUGUUAUUUGUAAGUCAGUCACAAUUUACUCAUGAUUCAUCACGGUUUUGAUGCUCUCGAACAUGGCCACAGAUUUCUCAAACCCCAAACCUGGGUCUGUUUCGCAAGCGUUCCUUGCGAUGUUAUGUUUCUGGGUUUAGAAACUCUGUGGCCAUACCCAUCACCCCACUGGUGCACCCUGCAGUGCAAACUGUCACUUUUUAGUUUGAGCAUCACAGGCUGUACGUGUCAAGCGAGGGGUUGGAGGAAGUGUUAUAAAAGACAUGAGUCUCAAUAGAAGCUACUCAACCAUACCUUCCCGACUCUGUUCUUUUCCCAGGUAUGCAAGCGCAUGGACAUGAUCAAUCAGCGCAUGCUGAACCAAGGCUUCCUCAAGGUGGAGCGUUACCACAGCCUGUGCCAGAGGCAGGUCAAAGCCCAGCUUCCAAGGUCGGUCUCAACACCACUGGAGGGAGGGAUUUCUAGAGUAGAUGAUGUGUAUGCUAUUUGAAUAUAGGUGUUUUUGCUUGGCCUGUGUCCUGAGGCAAAUCAAUGAGUAAAAGUAGGCCUACUGCAUCCAGGCAAUGAAGCCAGAAGUGUUUGAGCUCUGUAGGAACUAGGGCUGUCCCUGACUAAAAAGAUCUUGGUCGACCGAGAGUACAGUAGUCUGUUCUUUCGACCAAUCGAUUGGUAUACAUUUUAAAACGUGUAUUUUUCCAUAUAUAAACACACCCUAUGUUUGAUCAAAAUCAACUAUGUAGGUUGCUGAGCUUGUCUAAUGCUUUAAGCACUGCGAUAAAAAAAUUAAGACACACACACAUUAGUAGAGAGGGAGCCAGAGAUCAGUAUAGCCUAACCAGAAGAGAGAACUUGUUUCCACCACUCCCCUCCUCCUCCCACUGCUGCUGGCCUUCGCAGCCAUUAAGCUCCUUAAGUUGCCUAUAAUAGGCUACACCAGCGGUCGGCAACCUUUUCCAUUUGGAGUGCCAAGUUAUCGUAUUUCUACUGAUCUGCGUGCCAGUUAUGAUUUUCAUAUGCACAUUUUCAUUUCCUUUUAAUAGUCUUCAUAUCUCAAUGUCACGGAAAUGUGUUCAGAAAUAAAUAUACACGAUCUGUAAAAACCAGCUCCUCCCUCAACAGAGAUCGAUCAUCUUGAAAAACUAAAGCAGAUACAGUGAGGGGGAAAAAGGGAUUUGAUCCCCUGCUUGGUUUUGUACGUUUGCCCACUGACAAAGACAUGAUCAGUCUAUAAUUUUAAUGGUAGAUUUAUUUGAACAGUGAGAGACAGAAUAACAACAAAAAAAACUUAAACGCAUGUCAAAAGUUAUAAAUUUAUUUUCUUUUUAAUGAGUCAUGCAAAACAUGACUUAGUACUUGGUGGCAAAACCCUUGUUGGCAAUCAGAGGUCAGAUGUUUCUUGUAGUUGGCCACCAGGUUUGCACACAUCUCAGGAGGGAUUUUGUCCCACUCCUUGCAGAUCUUCUCCAAGUCAUUAAGGUUUCGAGGCUGACGUUUGGCAACUCAAACCUUCAGCUCAGUCCACAGAUUUUCUAUGGGAUUAAGGUCUGGAGACUGGCUAGGCCACUCCAGGACCUUAAUGUGCUUCUUCUUGAGCCACUCCUUUGUUGCCUUGGCCGUGUGUUUUGGGUCAUUGUCAUGCUGGAAUACCCAUCCACGACCCAUUUUCAAUGCCCUGGCUGAGGGAAGGAGGUUCUCUACCCAAUAUUUGACGGUACAUGGUACAAGUUGUCCUGUCCCCUUAGCAGAAAAACACCCCCAAAGCAUAAUGUUUCUACCUCCAUGUUUGACGGUGGGGAUGGUGUUCUUGGGGUCAUAGGCAGCAUUCCUCUUCCUCCAAACACGUUGAGUUGAUGCCAAAGAGCUCGAUUUUGGUCUCAUCUGAACACAACACUUUCACCCAGUUCUCCUCUGAAUCAUUCAGAUGUUCAUUGGCAAACUUCAGACUGGCCUGUAUAUGUGCUUUCUUGAGCAGGGGGACUUUGCGGGCGCUGCAGGAUUUGUCCUUCACGAUGUAGUGUGUGACCAAUUGUUUUCUUGGUGACUAUGGUCCCAGCUGCCUUGAGAUCAUUGACAAGAUCCUCCCGUGUAGUUCUGGGCUGAUUCCUCACCGUUCUCAUGAUCAUUGCAACUCCACGAGGUGAUCUUGCAUGGAGCCCCAGGCCGAGGGAGAUUGACAGUUCUUUUGUAUUUCUUCCAUUUGCGAAUAAUCGCACAAACUGUUGUCACCUUCUCACCAAGCUGCUUGGCGAUGGUCUUGUAGCCCAUUCCAGCCUUGUCCCUGACAUCCUUGGAGAGCUUUGUUCUUGGCCAUGAUGGAGAGUUUGGAAUUUGAUUGCUUCUGUGGACAGGUGUCUUUUUUAUACAGGUAACGAGCUGAGAUUAGGAGCACACUCUUAAAGGGAGUGCUCCUAAUCUCAGUUUGUUACCUGUAUAAAGACACCUGGGAGCCAGAAAUCUUUCUGAUAACAUUUGACAUGUGUUUUUCUGGAUUUUUGUAGUUGUUAUUCUGUCUCUCACUGUUCAAAUAAACCUACCAUUAAAAUUAUAGACUGAUCAUUUCUUUGUCAGUGGGCAAACGUACAAAAUCAGCAGGGAAUCAAAUACUUUUUUCCCCUCACUGUAGAUUGCUACGGCCCACCACCUACUGUAGAAAAUAGUUUUACUGGAGUUGUGUAGCCUACCGGAGUGGACGCAACUCAUAUCCAACUGCUGAUUUGAGAUGUUCAAUCAUUCAGACUUAAUUUAGAUUGUUCAGAUUGAUCGUAAGAAAUCGUUUUGGUAAUUUAUUUUAACAGUGUGUACAGUGGGGGGAAAAAAGUAUUUAGUCAGCCACCAAUUGUGCAAGUUCUCCCACUUAAAAAGAUGAGAGAGGCCUGUAAUUUUCAUCAUAGGUACACGUCAACUAUGACAGACAAAUUGCGAAUUUUUUCCAGAAAAUCACAUUGUAGGAUUUUUAAUGAAUUUAUUUGCAAAUUGGGGUGGAAAAUAAGUAUUUGGUCACCUACAAACAAGCAAGAUUUCUGGCUCUCACAGACCUGUAACUUCUUCUUUAAGAGGCUCCUCUGUCCUCCACUCGUUACCUGUGUUAAUGGCACCUGUUUGAACUUGUUAUCAGUAUAAAAGACACCUGUCCACAACCUCAAACAGUCACACUCCAAACUCCACUAUGGCCAAGACCAAAGAGCUGUCAAAGGACACCAGAAACAAAAUUGUAGACCUGCACCAGGCUGGGAAGACUGAAUCUGCAAUAGGUAAGCAGCUUGGUUUGAAGAAAUCAACUGUGGGCGCAAUUAUUAGGAAAUGGAAGACAUACAAGACCACUGAUAAUCUCCCUCGAUCUGGGGCUCCACGCAAGAUCUCACCCCGUGGGGUCAAAAUGAUCACAAGAACGGUGAGCAAAAAUCUCAGAACCACACGGGGGGACCUAGUGAAUGACCUGCAGAGAGCUGGGACCAAAGUAACAAAGCCUACCAUCAGUAACACACUACGCUGCCAGGGACUCCGUGUAAAGGAAAGAAUGAAUGGGGCCAUGUAUCGUGAGAUUUUGAGUGAAAACCUCCUUCCAUCAGCAAGGGCAUUGAAGAUGAAACGUGGCUGGGUCUUUCAGCAUGACAAUGAUCCCAAACACACCGCCCGGGCAACGAAGGAGUGGCUUCGUAAGAAGCAUUUCAAGGUCCUGGAGUGGCCUAGCCAGUCUCCAGAUCUCAACCCCAUAUAAAAUCUUUGGAGGGAGUUGAAAGUCAGUGUUGCCCAGCGACAGCCCCAAAACAUCACUGCUCUAGAGGAGAUCUGCAUGGAGGAAUGGGCCAAAAUACCAGCAACAGUGUGUGAAAACCUUGUGAAGACUUACAGAAAACGUUUGACCUGUGUCAUUGCCAACAAAGGGUAUAUAACAAAGUAUUGAGAGACUUUUGUUAUUGACCAAAUACUUAUUUUCCACCAUAAUUUGCAAAUAAUUCAUAAAAAAUCCUACAAUGUGAUUUUCUGGAUUUUUUCCAAUCGGCAGCAGAUAUUCAUUUUAAAAUGGAAAAUGAAUGUGUAUAUGCAACAACAACAAAUUAUCGCAUCAAUUUGUUCCCCUAAUUAAACUAAAACGUAUCGUUCAUGUAUCGGCACCCAUGCAAUUCUAGAUGUGUAUCGAAUCGUUCAUGAAAGGAGAGAUCCAAAUCCCUAGGUCCAUCAUGUUUUCCUUGUUACAAUAAGAAAGAGAUGCAUUGUUGGUAAUUAAAGAAAAUAAAUAAUCUGAGACAUCAACUUGUGAAUGAUUAGCCUAAAUUAUAGCCUAUUCACCCCAUUGUGUCAGCAGCACUAGUGCAUUACGAAAGUGACAACCUCGAUGCUAUGAAACACAUUCACAAUACUUAUUUUUUUAUGCCUUUUUUAUUUUUUUGUCAUAUCCAAUUACAAUCUUGUCACAUCGCUGCAACUCCCCAACGGGCUCGGACGAGUCAUGCGUCCUCCGAAACAGCCCGCCAAACCGUGCUCCUUAACACCUGCCCGCUUACCCGGAAGCCAGCUGCACCAAUGUGUCGGAGGAAACACUGUUCAACUGAUUACCAAAGUCAGCCUGCAGGCGCAUGGCCUGCCACAAGGAGUCACUAGAGCGCGAUGAGCCAAGUAAAGCACCCUCCCCGGACGACGCUGGACCAAUUGUGCGCCGCCCUAUGAGACUCCCAGUCACAGCCGGUUGUGACACAGCCUGGGCUCGAACCCGGGUCUGUAGUGACGUCUUAGACCGCUGUGCCACUCGGGAGGCCUGUACUUUGUUAUUUUAUUCCAAACCAUUCAGCAUCUUCACUUUUUGAUGAUCCCUGGAAAGUUAUCAUUCAAUCAUGAUAAAUGUUACUUGGAUCAUAAAGGUAUCUGUCAUCUUGUCCUAUGUGUGUAUUUGGUGUGCUUUGUCUUGUGGCAGGCGGGAGUCGGAGCGGAGGAACCACUCACUGGCCCGUCAUGCUGACAUCCUGGCUGCAGUAGAAACGCGCCUCUCGCUACUCAACAUGACCUUCAUGAAAUAUGUGGACUCCAGUCUUUGCUGCUUCAUCCCUGGCAAGGUGCCUAGCUUCAUCCUCUUUAAUUUACCAGCCACUACCUACCUGUCACAUCUGUACAUUAGAUGCUAAUUUCUGUUAUUUUAUGGUGUUUUGCGUUGACUAACUUUAGAGCUUCUCCCAUUUGGCCAGAUGGCACUCCUGCUCUUAGCUUGACUAUAGUUUAGAAAAAUGAUCUGAAUAAAUGAUCAAAGCAGAAUUAAAAUUAAGUAUUCUGAAUAAGUGGAAGACCAGUUCCAUCCCAAUAUGAACAUGCUAGCUACUUCCACUAACUUGCAAAGUCUUGGCCUCAACAACAUUACACAAUCAAUCAAUCAAUCAAUUUUAUUUUAUAUAGCCCUUCUUACAUCAGCUAAUAUCUCGAAGUGCUGUACAGAAACCCAGCCUAAAACCCCAAACAGCUAGUAAUGCAGGUGUAGAAGCACGCACACACCAGGAUCACAUUCUUAACAUUGUAAGCCCAAGCGUACAAUUUAUUCUAAGCUUAAGUUUCCCGGCAUGUGACUGUCUUUCCCCAAGGUGAUUGAUGAGAUCUACCGUGUGCUGCGCUAUGUGAACUCUACACGUGCGCCCCAGCGGGCUCAUGAGGUGCUGCAAGAGCUGCGGGACAUCUCUUCCAUGGCCAUGGAGUACUUUGAUGAGAAGAUCGUCCCCAUCCUGAAGAAGAGGCUUCCCGGGGCCGACCUGUCAGGGCGCCUCAUCGGAUCUGCCCCAGGUAAUGGACAACUACACUGACCUUUUUAUGGCCAAUAAAGAUUCUGUAAUGUACAGAUGCCCAUGUUACUUAAUAUUAGUCAAAUGAACAUGAAUAUCUUUUAUUGUUCAACUUGGCUACCAAUUUAAGAUUGUACCUAAGAUCAUCACCCUCAGUAUUCUCUCUGCCUACCCCAGUGGCCGGACCCUCCACCUCCCUGACCACUAUGUCCCUGCUGGCUAAGAACACGCCGUCACGCUCUGAGAUGACCAAGGUGCAGCAGCAGGUGAAGGUGAACGGGGCGUCCAUGACGGUGCUGCGGCGGGAGAAUCAGGAGGUGCGCGUCAAACAGCUGGAGCAGCAAAAGCAGCUGCAGGACCAGGAGCAGAAGCUGCUGGAGCAGACGCAGGUUAUCGGGGAGCAGAACGCCCGGCUGGCUGAGCUGGAGCACAAGCUCAGGGAACUGAUGGACAGUGCGGUGGGGGGAGGGGCCAGGCCGGCUGUAGCCGCCUCCACCUCAGCAGCUUCUUCCUCGACAGGCUCCGCUGCCGUCACCACAACGUCUUCUGCUGCCGUCGCCACGGCAACCAGUGCCAUGGCCGCAGCGGUGGAGACGGCAGGCAGCCUGCCCCUGAAACGCACCAGGAAGAGCUCAGACCUCCUGCGCCAGUCCAAACGCCUGCGCAGCAAGAAAUAAGACAAUGUUUUUUUUGUCUGAUUGCAUCUCCAACCAUGUCCUGUGACAUUAUUUUAAUUCUCAUUGUCUGGAAUGUCUUUAGUAGAGGGGGGGGUCAUGGUAAAGGAGUCAGGAGUUGCUCUGUUUCCCUGGCGUUGAAUUCCCCUUGUCAUGUCCCUCUCAAAUGCAUACAGAAACUACACCAUGGACAUCUUUGUGCUGAUUAGGCCAGCAUAUUUGGGCAAGAGUGCUAGUAGUCUCCUCAGUUUAACCACAGACUCUUAAAGCCACUAAGAAUUUGCACACUAGUUGACAAGGUGCGAGUUAGGUUGAAAAAUCUAAAACACUUAAUCUUGGUAUUCAGUCUUUCUUGUCCAUCAACAAAAGUCAAUCCAGAUUAGGUUGUUGGCUCCUAGUGGGGAGAGAGCCUCAUCUUUGCAGUGAGGCAAGAAAUAAUGAGUGCUUUCUAAUAUGCAUUGCAUAACUACUGAUGAGGUGGACUUUGGUUGUUAAAAAUGCAUUUGAAAUAUUGGCUAGAUGAGACCACUCAGGAUAAAGGAUGUUUAAAUUCUGCCUCUGAGCCAAUUUUGUCCUUAUUGAUGCAAAUACAAUUUUUAACUUAAGAAGUCAUUUUCUUAUUGUUUUGUUCUGUGUUGGCCAGGUGGGAUUGCUUAAUAUCCUUGUUCAAUAUUCUUUAUUUUUCUGAGACGGGCUAAAUUAAAGGGUUUGACUCCUGCAUCGAGAGGAUUAUAUUACAUUACUUGCACUUCCCAUCCCAAAUUUGGUGCAAUUAAAAUUAAAGGAAGUUAUUCUCUAUUUCCCAAAAAUUAGAAUUUAAUUUAUUUUAGGCAGGUCCUGGGAGAUUACGCAUCCUCAUGAAAAGGACAGUUUUACGAUUCCUAUUGUAAUGAACGGUGUUCAGCUAGUAUUAGUGAAAUGACACUUUUGAUUUUAAAUGCAUUUCUGUGUUCCACAAGAAGAUGCAGUCUUUGGCACUCACUGUUGAGUUGAAGACAGGCAGGCUAAUGUGGCGAUUGAUCAUGUAGCUGAGGGAGCGUCUCUAAAGCCAUGGUGCCUGGGAAAUUAAGGAAAGGGACUUGUUUUACAUUGGGCAAUGGCAGGACGGCUAUAGGAUCCCACAAAAGACUUAGUUUUCAGAGAUCAAUCAUUUCCAAAAAAAAGUUCUGACACAAUCUUCCUUCAGGGCUAGAGUAAUUUUGCUCCAUCGUUUAUCUAUACGUUUUGGAAAUGGCUGUCAUUGAUCAAAUACUAGUCUGAGUAAAAUUUGAUUUAUAUGCAGUCAAGUAUCUGUCUUUGGGGAAGAUUUAUCAAAGCUUUAUAUAAGAGGUAGAAAUGACCCUCUGUAUUGAUUGACCAGACUGGUGAUUCUGUCUUGGAGGUCAAAGGUAAAUUUGCCACUUUGAAAAUGUGUUUAAUCAGUUGUGCAGUUGUCAUCUAGACCUACUUCUCUGUCUACUGAUCUUAUUGUUAUGCUAUCUUUGUACACAAAGUUUAGUCCCAUGUAACACCAAGUUCAUCUGUUCAAGAAAUAUUCAGAUUUGCCAAAUGACUGCCGUGCAACUACAGUAGAGGUUGACCAAUGUAAGCCCUACUGAAGAUAACUUUUAGUAGAACUCCUUUCACAAUUUAAAAGGAUUUAAAGUCUUAGGUUUCUCCCUAAUUGCUAUAAAAACACUCUUGCACAACAGCACCCUUCCCAUUUCAAGAUCUCUGCACACAGUUCUCUUUUUAGCUUGUGAGCCCGUAAUGCGGCUGGAAUUUCGUUAAGAAUGACAUAACAUUUUACAUUUAGCAGACGCUCUUAU